AUGGCCACUGACCUUUUGCAUGCGUCAGACAUGCCGAGCGAAGACAGCGAGCUUUACGAGGUGCAGGGCAUCGUAGGCUACUCUCGCAGUCGCAAUGAGUUCCGCGUCAAGUGGUCAGACUUGCCGUGCGGCGCAGACGAAUGGCAACCCGCUCCGCACAUCGAAUGCCAUUGCGAAGAGAUGGUGAAGCGGUUCAAGAGUCAAAAGCGCAUCGCGCUCGAUUCGCCCAUCGAAGAUUUUGACUCUGAUCAUGGAGACUGGAAGCAUUUCGAGGCCAAUGACGUGGCAGAGGGAGUAGCGUGCGCGCGUGGCGACGUGGCCAAAGAUACGAGCAGCAAGCAGAGCCGAAAGAGCGCAAAACAAGAAGCUGAACCCGAUUGUCAAAGGAAGAAACGGCGAAGCGCUGCCAAGCCUCUGUAUUUUGGGAACAGCGACAGCAGCGAGCUGACAUCGAUGGACGAAGACGAUUCGGAAGUGGACAAUUACGAACCUAGCGAAACGAUGGGGGAAAGUCCGCAAGCGCAAAGAGGAGAAAGCAUCCAGGUCGCUUCCGGUCCAAUCGGCCUCAGCGAGCGCACUCGAGACUGGCCCCUGCCCAAAUGCCAUCGGGUCAGAAACGAACACCAUACGCACCCCAUGUGCAACCUUGCCAAAUCUCGAAGCAAACCCAAAAUUGCCAAGCGAAGUUCGGCGCAGAUUAUGAGCAAUGGUGCCGAUGACGGAGUGCACGACGCAGCGAACCGGGACGUCAAGUCGGCACCUUCCACCAAGGCCACCGUUCGAAUCGGCGGUAAAUCUGCAGAUUUCCAUUUCGCUGGGCUAGUGCCAAAAGCCCCUGAAGAGCAGAGGGACAGACACUGCGAGCUUCUGCCUGCUGAUAAAGCACAUCUUCUCAAGACGAUGAGCCUUUGGUUCAUGGAAGGGGGGCCGUUCGAGGGUCUCAACAGAUGGGCUCACUUGCAAAAGACGGCUGGCGUUCCUCUCGAAGCGGCAAAGAAGGCACAAGGAGAGACCGUAAGGACCGUGAUGACCCGUCUACUCACAUCGGCAGUCAUGUGGACAGCGGCCGGCAGCACUUCUGCCAAUUUGAGCCCCAAGACUGGACGAGUGAGCCUGCUGCAGCUGGCAAGGAUGUACGAAGAGGUGUACAGGUUGUGGAGAGGCAAGGGUCCAAGCACUCAUACACCAGAUUGGAGAGCUAUGGCUUUGGAGAGGAACCUUUCGUGUCAGCCGGAUCAGGGAGCUUCAAGAGGCAACGAACGCUUGCGUCAGGUCGCGGAAAGGACGGUGGUUGGGGUGCUCAAAGCCGUCGCUGGAGUCGGUUUCCAAGCGAAGAAUUGA